CUAUCGAGCGUCUCGAGAGUAUUCGAAAGGAGGCGAUGUCGCCUCCCGCGGCCGAUGACACGUCUAAUAUAAUUCGCGAAAGGAGGAAAGAGAGACAUCUCCACGCACGUCGCGUCUGUCCGUCGGUCCUUCCGUUCAUCCAUCGUCUUCCUAUCGACCUCCCUUCCUCGAGCACGUCCUUGAACGACGACGCCGGGGUCCCUUCGCGCUCCUCUCCCCGUCCCGUCGCACUACAGUGUCUAUUAUUUAUCUGCUGCCACACGGCAUGGUAUCAGCCGGUACCUCCUAUCACUAUCACUGAGAUGCUGACACACUCCGAUCUUAAGCUCUGUCUCUUUAACAACAGGAACUGAUCGUGAAGAGAUUGCGUAAACACGUAUCCGGGAUUGCAGCGAUGUUCAAGACGACCACCUGUAAGAUGUUGGUCCAGGUGUCGGCUGUACUGCCAGAUGACAGGCCAAUAACUGCCAUUAGUGUUGUGGAAGACUUAGACAAGUGUCCACCCAACUUCACAGUGGUAUCGAGAACUUACGAUCAGGACACCGACGCUGAUUUGUGGAGGGAGAGUGGACUGUUCAUCAAGAAGAAGGGUAGAUAUAUCUGCUUCUCGAAGACUGAGGGCCAGCCAAAUUGUGUGGUCGAGGAUAUCAUGGUGAUUAAUGAGCGAGAUACUCCGCCAGAAGGAUACAGCAUGAUCUCCUACACCGUGGAUUCGAGGCAAAAAGCGUGGCGGAAAAAACAGGUGUGUUACAAAAUUAGGAAUAAGGACCUGUGUACGAAAGCAGUCACAGAUAUAAUAAUAUGCAGCAGGACAACUCCAAACCACAAGGUUUACUCCAAACUGGCUCCUGUUGGAUUUUUCGCUGCUGGUACUAUAAAUGGUGUUCAUGUGUGCUACAAGACCGUAGAUAUCACAAAUGCGAAUUCGGAUUCGCAGUCGUACGUUAAUAUAGACUUACUGCAAAGUCCUUCUCCAAAUCCGUCGAAUGGAAUCUUUCACAGGCCAGCCCCCGAGAGGCCCCCGAAACCAAAGUUCUCACCAAAACCACCGGCCAAUGGGAUUUAUCCGCAAGUCGGCAGCACCACUAAUAAGGAUGACGAACUCGGCGAUCGAGAUUACGAGGUUUUAAGUCCUAACGCGAGGAUCAGGCCAACGAGGCCCGCUCCACAACCACCUAUGUCCACAACAUCGACCGUCACAUCCACGCCCAUUUACGGUACACUUCCGGGAUCGUCCGAUCUCGACGGGGUUCCGUUCGCGCUUAAUCCUCGUCUUAUUACUAAUCAUAAUUCUGCCAAUAACAAACUUCCUGUUAUCAAAGUAUGGACACAGAAGGACUUAGAUAGAGAGUUCUUCUAUGACUUUCGCGCGGAAAGAGAAACUUGAAAGAUGACAGCUUGCCAAAACUAAUUCGAGUUCUCGAGCGUUUUCCGAUAUAAUUCGUAUCCGAUAUAAUGCUAGCCAACAAGCGUAAAUGGAGUGCCUGAACGAAUGAUUUGUACUAACCCGCGAGAGAAUGAAGCCUGCAUGACGCUUAAAAUGGGGAUUGUGUAAUGUUUAAGAAGAAAUAAGAUAAAAAAACUUAUCGAUGUACGCGUUUCUUCUUCCACGCCCCAUAUUUACAUUUUGAUACUGGUGAUAACGUUGUCAUAUUUUUAUAGACUUGCGUUAUUUUUUGAUAGAGAGUAGAGAUUAUAUAUGUAAAAUAUGUGUACACAUAAUGUAUCAUAAUGCGAGAUUUUCUGCGCAUCGUAAUACCGCAUAUCUACGCUUCUAAACACGCGAACAAACGCAUAAUAUUGUUGAGACCAGCAUCAUAUUCUCACCGCACAUUUAGUAGUUUACGCGAUAAUUCAAAUGCGUGGUGAGAUUGCAUGCCAUAAAAAGUCAUUUUGUUGUUCCUUUUGCCCCUUUUUGAUAUUUUUUUAACUAGAGAUUUGAAUGUUU